AUUAAUCGUCACACAGACACAGACACAUAAUAUACGUACUCACAAAAUAAUAACACACACACAUACAUGCAACGUACAUACACAGUGGCGCUUACGUAUCCACAUGACUUUUCCGCGAAAAAUGUUUUCCAUUAACAAUAAUGACACGGUGUGUACGGUAACUAAAUCGUUGUGGUCGGUACCAGUGUUUUCGUGCGAACCGUGUGUACAGUGGCAAGUUGCGUUUUGGGUGUCUUCAGAUUUUCAAAGUGCCCCGUAUGCUGUGCCAGCAUGUUCAAUGGGAUUAUCAUAAACGUCGCCGCCGUGUGUUGUUUUUAUUCGCAGAACUCUAAUAUUAUAAUUUACUAUUUUUAAUUGCCCAUCUAUAUAAUAUUGUUGUUAUUAUAUGCCACCGAUCGCAUGCGUGUGCGUCGUGUUGUGUUAAUUUAAUAUAUACAUAUAUAUGUAUAAUUUAUUUCAUAUUUUAUUUUUUUAAUAUAUUUAUUAGUAAUGUUUUUUUAGUUUGCUUUUAUGAAUCGUGUAAUCAACUUUUGCUACGUUUUUUAACUGUUGCGAUUAUCUUUGAAAGUGACAUAAUAUAUAACAUUAUACAUGCAUAAUAAUGUUAUUGGAUCUAGUCAAUUGAUAGUUCAAAUCUGCUCGGAGUUCACACGAGUUCGCGAAAGGAAAUACCAGCAUGUAUAUAUGUAUCUAAUAAAAUUGCUAAAAAUGAGUGUAUUGCAAUCUGAUAACACUCGACCUCGAACUGCAAUGGCAGGGGUUGUAAAAAUUGGUUACUUGAAAAAAAUGAGAAGUAUGAGAAAAAAAUUCUUUGUACUUCGUGAAGAAACUGCCGUUGGAGGUCCAGCUCGUCUUGAAUACUAUGAAAGUGAAAAAAAGUGGAGAACUAAUUGUUUGCCCAAAAGGGUAAUUGUAUUGAAAACUUGUUUUAAUAUCGACAAACGUGCAGAUGCACGCAAUAAAAAUGUUUUAAGUUUGUAUACAAAAGACAAUUAUUUUUGUAUAUUAUUUGAUAAUGAGAAAGAACUUGAGGAAUGGUUAGAUUUAAUGUUAGUACUACAGCGUGUUAAUAAAGAUUUAGGAACAGGUGAAUCAUCUAAAGAUUCAUUUGAACAUAUAUGGCAUAUAUCAAUACUUAAGAAAGAAUUGGGACUGAAUUCAAAUUUGAUUGGAAUGACUGGACUUUGUUUAUGUGACAAAAAAGUGACCAUAAUGAAGUAUCCGACUAGAUCAAAAAAACAAAAAACUAUUGACAUUAUGUUGACAAGUGUUCGGAGAUGUGGAGCCCUUGAUACAUUUUUUUAUAUGGAAGUAGGGCAAAGUUCUCCACUUGGUGCAGGACAUAUUUGGAUGGACACAUGGGACUCUGAUGUUUCUAAAAGUAUUCAUGAAACUAUAAUGGGAGCAUCAAGUCGAAGUCAUGACCCAAGGUUUAGAAUGAGAUCUUCAUCAUUUAAUGAGGGAUCACGAAUGAUACCUUGUCCAUCAAGACAACAUACUAAUGUUUGUGAUGAAAAUAAUCCAGGAUUACGGUAUAGAAACAAUAGUCAAAGUUCCUCUAUGCUCAGUAAUGGCAAUAUAGACUUAUUUCGUACAGGAUCUGUUAGAGAACGAUGUGAUAGUAUGCCUUUACGCCCUCGAACUAUUAGUGAAAAUACAACUUCAUCUACUCGUUCAUACAAUGGAGUUUUAUCCCCAAAACAAACCUUUCAUAAAGGUUGCAACUGUGUGUCAUCAUCAUCACCGGCAUUUAAUGAUUCUGGUCUUGGUGGCUGGGAUGUUGCUCUUUCAAAAUCUACUGAUACUACUGAUGGAUUUUCAUCAUUUUAUACAAGUCUUAGUGACCAACGUUCAGCUAUACUUGAAGAAAAAAAUGAAGAUUUUGUAUCUUAUACACCAUUAGAUCGAGAAGAAAUUAAUAGACAAACAAAUGAUAGUAAUGUGAAUAAUAAUAUUAAUUUAAUAAACAACAAUAUAAUUGGUAAUAGAUCCAGUUCUUCUUCUCAGACUGGUUCUUGUUGUGAUUCAAAUAGUCCAUAUGGUUCACCAAUAAAUUAUGAUGACCGUUCAUACACCCCUUUAAACUCUUCUGGUAUCCCUGAGACAUCACCUCCUCCAGAUGGAUACCUCCCAAUGAAGCCCGGUUUCACUGUUUGUAAUACAUACAUGACUAUGGGUGGACAAAACAAUUCAAAUCAUGAUGCUGUUAGUACACAUCAUCCUGAAAUAACCUUACCUGAAGGAUAUGUUCCUAUGGCUCCAAUGGGAGACAAAGUAUUUGAUUAUGUUCCCAUGGACUGUAAACAAAGAUCUAUUGAGUCUGGAACUCCUUCUACAGAUAUUAGGUUUUCAGAUAUACACUUAGACAAAGUGUGUGCCUACUUAACUCCAUCUGAAGAUGAAGGACCUAUUGAAAGACCAACUAGAGCUUACUCUGUUGGGUCAAGACCAGAUGGUUUAAGAGAAAAAAUAGACAAAAUUGAAUCUGAUCGUACAAGAACUCGUGCAUUUUCAGUUGGAAGCCGUGGCAGAUUACCUCCUACUGGGUUAACUCGUAAUGGACAAGGAUAUCAGUCAGGUUCAACAAGUAUGUCAGAACAAAGUGACAGUGGAGAUCGUAUGGAAAUAGAUUUUAGUCGUAAUGGAAAAUUUCGUCGACAUUACUCAGCGACAUGCCGAAAUUUAUCUAUUCAAGCUCCACCAGACAUGUCCCCGAGAUCAUCACCAAAACUUUGUUCAUCAUCUGAUACUUCCUGUUCUAACCGAUCUACUGGACGAUCACCUCCAAAAUCAAUUUGUUCUUCCGUAGACAUAAAUAAGAGAGCCCUUUCAGGAAGUGUUCAUGGAAUAUCUAGAUCACCUCCCACUUCAGCUCAUGCAUACCUUUCACCUACUCUAGAAAGGGUAUCUGAGAUUCCAGGUGUUGAAAUCUUUGAUAAUUAUACACCUAUGAAACCAAUAAGUUCAUCAGAAAAUGCAAAAGUUCUAAAUUCAGAGGAAUCAAAUAAACGAAAUUAUGUAAAUGUUUGGGAAACUCCAUCUCCGCUAAUUAAAAUGUUUAGUUUUAAAAGUCGUAGCAAGGAUAAAAAGCGUACUAAUUCAGCUUCUUCAGUUAUUGAACCCCUUUCAUUAAAUAAAGAAAGUGUAGAUAAAACAGAUAAUAGUGAUUAUACUACUAUUAAACCUGUUGUUAAAACAAUACCUGCAAAAAUACCUGAAAAAUUAAAUAGACAGUCUUCUGAUACUGAAUUAAGUUUGAUUCAAGAUAGACUCUCUGAUUUAGUAUUUUCAGAUCAAAUAAUUGUUUCAUCAAAUGAUUCUCAAAAUCACCAUCAAACUGAAAGCCACAUUACAUCCAUAGAUGGUGGUGAAAAUGAAAAAUCUCCUUAUGACCAGACGUCAAUGAAAGCUGAUAAGACUGAAGAACCGCUUUUGGGAUACAUCUAGUUAUGUACAUUAUUAAUGAUAAGCUCUCAAUAGGCGUCUAUAAUUUACAUUUAUUCUCAUUUGAGAUGAAUUUUUAAUAUUCAUUAGCCAAUAGAAAAAGGAUUUUAAAGUAUAUAUAUAUAUAAAAUGUUCAUUUGGUGUGUGUGUGUGCUUGUGUGUCAAUAUUUGUAUGUUGUAUUGUGUGUCUGUGUGUGUUGUGUAAAUGUGUGUAUUAUGUAUUAAAAUAUAUAAUAUUAUUAAAUUGUGUAAAAAAAGAAAUAUUGUAUUAAAAAAACUAGAAAUCUGCUUAAAUAACUUUUAUUUAGUAUUAUUUUACAAAAAAUAUUAAAAUAUAAAAAUGCAAUAUAUAUACUUUAUAAUAGUAAUAAAUAAAUAUUGAUUCGCUUGAUAAU